AUGGCUGACUCCGGUAGCCAGCCAAUGGAAUUACUAUUUUUUGAUACUUUUACCCAUGAAUUGACAGAGGAGCUGAAUUUGGAUUUAGUUCAGUUUCCAUGUCCCGUAAUCAUUUAUGAAAUUCGAGUUAUACCAUUGAGGACUCAGGUACAAGCAGACUUGCCUGGUGGUGUGAGAUUAGGUGCUACCAACCCUUCAUCAUUUAAACUGGAAUUAUUUGUCAACAAUCUGAAUAAACCAAAUUCUUCUACAUUUGAAAAUAUUGGAGUAUUGCAGUACAAAGAGAAUAAUAUUCAGUUAAAACCUAAUGAAGAUGUACCUACUGAUGGUCUGAUUAUAAAAGGAUGGUAUAAUGCUAUAACUUUGGCUGUUAUCGGUACGUUGACAAGUGUAGCACCUAAACCAGAGCGUUCAUCACCACCACCACCUCCCCCUCCCACUCAACCCCCAAGAGCUAAAGUUGAGAGUCGACCAGUAGAGCAGAUUAAACCUGAUCAUAGACCACAUCCUCCACCUCAACAACAACAUCCUUUAGAUUAUAUACAACAACAGAUACAGUUACAACAAGUUCAACAACAACAGAGAUUUCAACAGCAAUCUGCUGCUGCUGGUGGUCACCCCAUACAACCAUCACCUACUAUUACUCCUCCCUUGUUAUCUCAUCCACAUCCUCCACAACCUCAAACUGAUUUUAGACAUGGUGAUCAUAGAGAUCCACUUUCAUACCCUCCUAGACCAGGUCAUGAUACCAGAGAUAGAAGAGAACCAGUUGAUCGCUCAAACUUUCCACCUGAACCUAAAGAGCCUUACGAGCAACGUGACUCUCAUGAUGAGCGCUCUAGAGACUCUUAUGAUUGGGAAUAUAGAGAUAGAGGAAGGAGAUCUUCUCGUGAUAGCAGAGAAAGAUCUCAGUCAAGAGAAUCAUCAAGAGAGCCUAGAGAUUACAGAGACAGUCGUGAUAGAGAUAUAGAUAGAGAAAGAAGCAGUCGUGAUAGAGACAGAGACAGCAGAGAUCGGGAAAGUGACAGAGAUAGAGGAAGGGACAGAGACUGGGAUAGAGAAAGGGAAAGAGAUAGAGAAAGAGAUAUUCGAGAAAGAGACCAUGAAAGAGAAAGGGAAAUUCGUGAAAGAGAAUUAAGAGAUAGGGAGAUUCGUGAGAGAGAAAAUAGAGAAGCUAGAGAAAGAGAACUAGAAAGAGAAAUUAGAGAAAGAGAGCUUCAUGAGAGAGAAAUCAGGGACACAAGAGAAAGAGAGUUGGGUCGAGUACCAGAAGCAGAUGAUAGAGAUGGAAGACCAAGAACUCCACCUCAACCUAGAUUGAGAUCAGAAUCACCCAAGAGAGCAAUAUCAAAAUCCCCUGGUACACAGCAACCUCCAGAACCUAGAAAUAAAGAUGAAGAUGUUGAAUCAGGAGAAUUGGAAGAAGAAUUAUAUGAAAGUUUAUCAGAUGAAAAUUCCCCUGCUGUAUUUCAACAACCUGAAGCUGAAGUAGAUAAUGAUUUACUGGAUGAAGAUCGUGCUAGUUAUGAUGAUAUUUCUAGUGAAGAUGAUAUGAUAGCUGCUGAAGUUGAUGAAUUACAGGGUAUUGAACUCUAUGAUAUAAGUGAAGAUCCAUGGAAUUUUAUAACUUCCAGUUUUAAUCCUUUACAAAGUGAACUUAUUCCUCUUGAGUGUUAUGAAAGCCCAGCUUUAUGUAAGUUUGAAGUGGAGAAGAAGGCUAGUGAUAUACUAGAUAUCAGUGACAGACCAACAGAAGCUGAAAGUAUAUUAGACCUAAUAAAGCAAUUUGCAGAUGCGCCACAUCACGACAAAUGGGUAGAAAGUAUGGAAUCUCUACCAACACUGUUUGAUAAUGGUUUAACUUAUCUUAUUAUAAAAGAAGAUAAUACAGCUGUAGUAGAAAAGAUUAUAGAAUGGACUAUGGAGGGAGUUGAUUUAGAUAAGGCAAUGAAACAACCAGAAUCAGCUUUUAAAGUUCGACAUUUAAAGAUGGGCAUUAAACUAACUGGUGCUUUAACCUCAUUUAGUCCUGAUUUUGCUAAGAAACUAAUACUAAAAGAUAUCCAACAUAAGCUAAUAAACCUAUUUGUCAGUCCUUAUAUGGCAUUUAGUGUAAAAUUGCUGAUAGUACAAGCAUUAGAUAAAACUGUCCGGUUUAUUGAUGGAUUAAAUUGGUUUCUCGGUACUCAUACUAAUCAAAUACCAAAUAAACAAACUUGUUAUCAACGUGUACUGGAAAUCAUGAUGGGAAAACAGUUGGUUAGAACAACAGUAGCACUAUCCUGUUUUCUUAAGAAAAUUCAUGUUUUUGAAGUUCUAAAGAAUUUUUCAAGAACCGUAACAAAUAUCGUCAACAAUUCAUCAACUACUGAAGAUAGUGAAUCGGUACCGAAGUCUGAUGGAACAGAUAUAGAAAUGGAACAAGUUAUGAAUUCUCCUGUUUUUACAGAGUCUGAGCUAUCUAAUGUUGUAAACUGCCUCGAUGAAAUCUAUAAAGUUUUGGUAUUAGCACCUGAUUUGAUUGGACAGACCAACAGAUCUCUUCCAACUUGUCCACCAUUUGAUAAAGGUGGUGUGAUGUAUGACCCUUAUCCUGGUCUCUUUUAUAUGUUUGAUCAUUGUGGUCUUCUGAAUUCAUUAUUUGUAUUGAUCUCUACACCAUCAAUACUCUCUCAAACACCAGUACAUCAAUGUAUAGAGAAUAUAGUGAAAGAGUUACUACAUAGUCAAUAUGGUUUAUUAUAUUUAGCUAGUAACUAUGAUUUGACUAAUAAUAUUAUUAGAUCAUUAGUACAGAUUAAUAUAAAUGAUGAAAAUGAAGAGAAUGUAGAAGAAGGACCAGGGAAGAAUUUAGGUAUUGAGAUGAUUUAUAAUUUACAAGUUAUAAUGUUAUUAGAUCAACUUAAAUCAUACCAUAGUAAACAUGAUUCAAGUAUUAUAAUAGAUGAUACAGAGCCAAUAAUGUGUCUACAAACACUAUAUUCUAUGACAUUUACAUCAAUUGGGUUAGAAGCUGUAGUUAAUGUAUUGGCUAUGGAAGAUAAUUUAGAUGCUCUGAUACCAUUUGUUAAAGCUGAAGAUGACAAGAAGAAAGAAUUAAGAAGAUCAAAGUCUGUCUGUACAGCGUUUGCAACAGAAUUAUUAAGAGUUUUGAUAAAGAAUUCCACCAACAUCAAAAUGUUAGAGAAAUAUUCUAGUCAACUUAUUACUCUUAGUGAAGAUGAAAUAAAUACCAAAUUAACAGAAAUCCAGGAUUGGUUGGCACCGUGUCAGAAACAGUCUUAUGGUUACGAGGGUCUGUCUAGUAUGAUCAAUUUAUUAAAACAUACAUCAGAAGAGAUCCAGAAACAACCCAUGCCUUUAGUGACAGUUUUACGUCUGCUACACAAUCUAGCUAUACCAUCUGAUACUAGAUUCCCUGAUGAAAAUCCAAAAGAGUUAAAGUAUAAAUAUGCUCUAAUAGAACUAUAUAGUGCUGAUUGUUUACCAAUAUUAAUGACAAUACUACAGAAAAUGAAUGAUAAAAUGAUGAGGCCAUGGCAACAAGGGUUAGCUCAGACUUGUGAUCAGUGGAAUAUGAUACUAUCUAUAACACAACCUACUAUUAAUAUUGUUAAAGCUACAAUACAAUAUCUAAUAGAAUCUAGAGGUGCUCUGUUCAAAGACGUGACCAAUAUACCAGUUUUAUUAGAACUACAUACGGUACUAUGUUCGGCACCAGUUAAUAGUAUUUACACUGCACAAGUAAUCAAGAUACAGAAGAAUAUAGUUGAUAUUGUAUUAGCUUAUACUCAGCCUGUUUUAAACCAAGCUGACACAGAGGACGUUCUCAGUGAAAGUUUAUGGACAAUGACAAUUAAAGAGAUCUUCAAACACACAUCUAAAUCACCAUAUUGUUACAUGGGUGGUAUGUUAUUAUUGUCAGAGUUAUUGCCCUUGCCUCUACCACUCCAAACCAAAGAGCCACUAAGUGAAACAGAGAUCCAACAAACUAUUAAUGUUCGUAAACUAUGGAGUGCUCAUCUACAUCCUUUAACAUCACAGUUUAUUGAGAUGAUAUCUAACUUCUUAGUAUCCGGUUGUCAGCCAUUACAGAAUAUCAUUAGACGUGUUUGUUGGCAGAUGACUGAUUUAUCAGCUCCCGCUGCACAAAUGUUAAUAAGAUGUAUUUUAGAUCAGUUUUUAGACCUAGGUAUGAAGAGAGCUAGUGGAGAUGAUAAAGAUACUGAUAUAUUUAAAGAAGAAAUUGUCGCCUCAACAUUAUACAAUAAAAUAUUAGGAUUAUUAUCAUGGCUUGUAACCCAGGCUUCGGCUAAAUCAGCUCUCAUACAUAUCUUAAAGUCAAUAAAUAAAAGCGAUGAAAAGUAUAAAGCUUUUAUACCUGGUAUAUUAAAUCAGAUGAAUAUAGUAUGUGAUAAAACUAUUCAUAUACAAAUACAAGAAAAUAUAUUGAAUAUUAUUAUGAGUGUAUGUGAUCCAGAAGUAACAAUGGUUUCUAAUGAAUCAACUAUGACUUUACCAGAACAGUUAGCUAAUAGCUUACCAGAUAAGGAAGUGUUAUGUCCCACAUUAAAAGCUUUAUUAGAACAUAUAGAACGACCUGAACAUAAUUUUACAUCAGUAAUGCCCUGUGUUAGAACUCUAGUCUCUUUGACUUUUUAUGAUUAUGGUUUCUUUUAUGUCAAAAGAUGUAUAGACCAGAAUCCAACUGCCAUCAAUAAAUUACUCCAUAGAUUAAAUAACUGUUUUAGUAAAGAUAACCCUGAUUGUUUAUCUACGUUAUCUUCGACUAUAGACUUACUAAAUAUCUUAGUCUACAUUGACCCCGAGGAAGGAGGGGUCAGAACAUACACACUCUCCCCUACUGAACUACAAGAUAUCUUGGAAUGGACUACAUCUGAAGAUCAUCCUUUGAUAGAGUUAGAUAAAUUAUUAAAGAAUCUGGAUAAAGAUGAGGUAAUAGAUAAUUUAUUAGAAACUAUUGGAACUAUCCUGAAAGUCUUGAAUGAACCAGAUGUAACAGAUGCCCCUGCCAGAUCAGAAAUACUAGAAGUAGUGUUACCAGAAGGUCAAAGUUUAAACAGUCUAUAUAAUCAGAGAUCGGUCUAUAUAGUCAGUAAUGAAGGUGAGGAAGAGAGGUUAAGUCCUACAGCCUGGUUAGCUAAUCCUUGUAAUGAUGAGUUAGAUGCUGAGUCAGACGUGGUGAUGACCAAUGUGGAAGAAAUGUGUAAGAGAUAUUGUGGUGACUUUAAUCUAGAGGAAGAGUUGAUUAAAGGAGUGGAACUAGCUGCCGGUAUAAUUGUUAUUAAACCUAAACGACUCAAAGAUUUACGAAGAUCACAAGAAGGUAUCAAUAUUUACAGUCGUGGUAGAGGUGGUGCUAGAAGACCUUUUGUGGCACCAAUGAGGGGAAGAGGUAUAAUGCAUGGUUUAGUUAGUAGUGGACGGCCUAAUGAUCCUUUCCGCUCUCGUCCAGCCAAUACCAGUAGACCACCUUCUAUGCAUGUGGAUGAUUUCAUUAAGAUGGAGAAACAUCAAGGUCCUGAAGGAUCACCUCACAGUACACCACCUCCACCACGUAGAAUUGAGGAACCAUUUAGAGGACGUGGUAGAGGAGGAUUUGAUAGAGGACGAGGUAGUUUUAGUAAUAGAGGACGUUUCUUUACUCCUCCAUCUAGUUAUGGUAGACAUGAUCUAGGUCCUCCCAGAAGUGGUGGGUUAAUGGAAAGUCGAGGGAGAGGCAGAGGGCGUCCCUUUUCUAGAGGAAGUGGUGAUUACAGAUCUAAUAUUGACAGUAAUAUAAGAGAGAGAUUUUCACCACGUGGUAGAGCACCACAUUGGGCACCACAUAAAGCUGGUGAUCCAGAUCCAAGAUUUAGCAGUAGUUUCCGAGGCAGACGUGACCCACCAGGACGCCAUGUUAGAUCUUUUACUAAAUAGCCAAAUGGUAUGGUCAUAGAUAAACUGUUAAAAACUGUACAAUCAAAAUAAUUUACGUUUCCAAAUAUUUUCUGAUUUCACUGAUAUGACAUGUUCGGAGAACUGGAUUUGUUUUAAUACACAUAAGGACUUGAAUUUAAAUUUGAAAAACUGGCUACCUGCUUUUGAACCAGUAGUGCUACUUGAAUGAAACCAAAUAUUCACAGUGUUGCAUAUUAUCUAAAAUUUUCUCACAAAAGCGUAUUUUCAUGAUUGAUUACAAAGAAAUCUCAGCACUUUGAUUGAUCGUGUACCUUAGUUCAAUUUUUUAAAACAAGUUUGAUUUCUGUGUAAUCAAAUAAAAUUUUAAGAAUACAAA